CAUAUUUCUUGCAAAGCCGCGAUAUUGAUACUGUUUGCAUGUACAAGUUCAAGACAAGGAGACCAAGUCACGACUGCAAGAGAUCUGCGUUGCUGUUUAAUUGACAUACUUGUUAAUGUUGCUUCUUCAUCAUGUGAACAACUUGAUCAACCUGCACAUGAACAAGCAACUGAAUUAUGUUCGUCUGAUCGUGACCUACAAACAGAUGCCUUGGAACAAACAGCCCCUCCUGAUUCAACUUUUUCUGGCCUGCCAUCUAUUACACUGGAACCAGCAGUCCCGACCAUUCCUCAAAAUUCAGCUGAUUCUGGCACAUCAUAUACUGCACUGCAACCAUCGAUUCCUGACGAAUCAUCCACUCUGUACCCAGCAUCUACUUCCGAGGAAAUAACAACUCCUGCACAUACCUCCUCUAGUAAUUCACAUCUUUCUUCUGGUUCGUUCGAUACUGUUCAUACCUCUUAUAGAAAUUCACAGCUGUCCUCUGGUUCUUAUGAGAUUCCAUCCAAGCGUAAACCUGUUUCAACUGAAACUCUUCUUCAAAGACAGGAAACAAUAAGGGAUCAACAACAGCAGAAGGGACGGAGGUACAAAUCAAGAACUGUGGUGCGGCGGCUUAACAUGCAAAAGGAAGAACUUGCACAAAUGGCCAAAACAGUUCAUCAUGGUAGCAAGCAGGAUUUUCUCGCAUCACUUGCACAGUCAGUUAAUUACUCAAAGUCGGAUGUUUUGACUAACCAUGAUGAAGACUGGGAUGGAUCACUUUCCCCACAGGAAUUUUUGACCUUCGCAAAGAAAGCACAUGACCCAUUGAAAAGAAUGACGGUUUAUGAGACAAUUAUCAACGAGUCUGCACCACAACAUUACCAUUUGUCUGCUUCAGAUGUUUUAGACAUUCAGGAAACAACAAGUGCAACUGAAAUUGUUCGAACUUUAAGAAGAAAAUUGCCUGGAUUUUUGGACUCAGAGCGCAAAGUCAACACAAUGAAAAACAAGUUUGUUCAAGAGUUUGAGGUUUUAUGGAAACCUGAGAGAACUCAUUCUUGUUGGCAAAUCGACCCUCGACGCCUGCGCGAAACUUUAUGUUAUCUUUAUUGGUGGCUACCAGAGGAGGAGUUGUGGAAAAUUUAUGGGGAUGGCAGGAAUUUUGGUGGGAAGGACUCUGUUGCCCUGACAUUAAAUGUUUUGAAUGACGAGGCAAUGUUCAAUGGAGUUGGAUAUCACAGUCCUGAGGAUUACUGGCCCAUAAGUAUCACUAGGCUUAAUCUUGAACAAAACCUAGGAGAUCCAGGCAAACCAGACAGUUUAAACAAAUGGAUUGAAGCAAUGUUGGACAAUGGACACAAGAUUUUCCUUUCGGGUGAUUCAAACUUCUUUGAUAGUUUAUUAGGGGGAGGUCUAGACGCAACAAGUACAGAUGCAUUCACCAUGUACAAUUACGAAACCAAGGAAACUAGAAGUAAUGUUGAAUGCAACACAGGACUUCGAUCAGAACUAGGUAGACAAAUUGAAAGAGAGCACACAGAAUCAUUACUGCCAUCACUUCCCGCAGCACACUUUAUUCCAGAUGGCAAUCACUGCUUUUGCCGAUUGAGCGAACAUAUGGUUUUCGACCGUUGUAUGACAUGCUUGAACUUGGAAAGUCAGCCCAGUAUGGGGCCAGCUGUGAAUGAUCAAACACUGGGACAUUUUCUAGCCAACAUAUCCCGGUAUUGA